CUCUUCCCUUCACACUCACAUCCAUAUCCGAUCAAGGUGGUCAAGAUGUCGGCAAAAGAUGCUGCUGCUCCAAGCAGUCCAAGUACACCAAGGAAGGGCAGUCUACCUUUCUGGGGUACGCCAAGUGGAACAGAAUCCAAUAAACAGUCUCCAUCUGCAAGUAUUUCAGGUCGAUCAAAAUUGCAAUCAUUGGCAAUUGAAACGUUAUUGACAUCAACUUUGGCAAGUGUGACUGCUACGCCACCUAGACUGCCCGUUGCAAAGAAUAAAGAACCUCUAAGUCUACCUACAACCACUCGAAACUUUCGUGGCUUUGUUCAAAAAUCCGGUCCAAUCUUUUACUUUCAAGAUGCAGUAGAAGCAACAUUGGCAUGGGAUGAUUGGCCAUGGACGAGUAUGUGGAUGGGAAUUUGGGCUAUCGUUGCUCUUCAUCCGUAUUUAUUAUUGUGUGCACCAACAGCAAUCCUGGCUAUCAUUCUCAUUCGAACACAUAUGGCAAGGUUCCCGGUCGGACGGCCAAUUGAUGAAACACCCACUUCAACAGGAUGGACUUCAUCGGGUACAGAAAAGAAGGAAUUGGCUACACAAACACCAGCCGAAACUUUAGCACAUGCGGUCGCACACCCUUCAAGUACGGGACAUGGAGCAGUCCUACCACCUUUGAUGCCAAAUCCUCCUCAUGAGGGUACAAUCAAGUAUUACGAAAAUUUACGCGAUAUCCAGAAUAUGAUGAAAAUGGUGACAGACGGCUACGACGCAGUCGCUCCUGUGGUACCUUAUCUGAAUUGGUCAUCAUAUCGCCGUACACUGCUAUUGUUCCAAGCCUCGCUCAUUCUGACAGCUGUUAUGUUCUUUGGAGCACCUCAUAUUCCCUUGCGUCCAAUCCUUUUGAUUGCAGGAGAGGGUGCAUUCAUUGCAACGCAUCCAUGGGUAAAGCCUGCAUUGACUGGCUUGCUGGGUAGACUGGAUGAAGAGAAACGAACGGCAAAGACACCUUUAGGACGUGAGUUGAACAAGAUGGAAAGGAUGAGUAGAGAACAACAAGCAAAGUUGAGUUUAUGGUACGAUGAAGAUGGAUUGGACGAUCAAGUAUGGCAAAAAGGUUGGAGAGAUGUUGAAAUGUAUCAAAAUGAAAGAUUUGCACCUGAAACUGCAGCUACUGCUUCUGGUUGGAGUGCGCAUAAUUUGCAAUUCGGAGAACGAAGAGCGUUUACAAAAGGACCUGAUGGUUGGACGGCCAAGGAAUUAGACGUUGCAGGUUAUUCACUUGAUAUCAGACAAGUUGCAAUGUCCCUUGAACCUGGUUGGGCAUGGGUCGAAGGAGACGACUGGCGUAUCGAUUGGAUCGGAAAGUGGUCGCCAGUUGGUGUCGAUGCAGAAGGAUUCGUAUACACAGAUACAGAUUGGCAAACGCCAAGUCCGUACCCAUACGGUCAUACAGGUAAUCCUCGAUACCCACCUGCAAUUCAAGAUUCUCGAGCGAAUGGAUCGAUUUUAGGGGAAUUGUUAGCAGGGCAUUCGAAAGAGGAAUCAUCUGUUUUUGAAGAUGACGAUGAAGAGGAUCAUCAAGGGCCUGAAUCUUUGACGGGUAUGGAAUUCCGAGCAGUCAAGGCAGACACACGUAGAAGAAGGUGGCUAAGACGUGCUGUUUGGAUUGGAAAAGAAGAGAAGAAAGGGUCAGAGCAGAUUAGCAAUUGAUUGUACUCUCUGCAAUGUUUGUGUUUAAUGCAAUGAUUAUUAAUAG